UCUUAGGAGAAGGGGCCAUCACCCUAAGGAAGAAACCCCCUGCUAGCUCAAAACCGGGUUCGAUUUAAACUAGGGCUUUGGCCCCAUGACCCCAAUGAAGCCCCGCCCCUUCCUGGUUGUCUUAGCGACGGCGGUGGCGUCCCAAGAUGGCGUCGUGGCUGCCGGAGACUCUGUUCGAAAUUGUAGGACAAGGCCCAGCGCCGAGCAAAGACUAUUACCAGUUAUUGGUCACCCGGUCCCAGGUAAUCUUUAGAUGGUGGAAGAUCUCUCUGAGGAGUGAGCAUCGAUCAGCAAAGCCUGGAGAAGCAAAAGACACUCACGAAGAGUUCCUAGAGAACUCCCACCUCCAAGUUCAAAUUGCCUUAAUAUUUGGUGCAAGAGUAUUAGACUAUGUCUUCAAUUUAUGUGAAGGUAAAUUUGACUUCCUUGAACGGCUCUCAGACAAUUUGCUCCUGAGUAUCAUUUCUUAUCUGGAUCUUGAAGAUAUUGCCAGGCUUUCUCAAACAUCACGCAGAUUUGCAAAGCUGUGCAUGUCGGACGAGCUGUGGGAGAAGAUAGUUCACUCUUGCUGUGACACCAUCACACCUGACAUGAGGGCCCUGGCCAAGGAUAUGGGCUGGAGGCAGAUAUUCUUCACCAACAAGCUGCAGCUCCAGCGGCAGAUCCGCAAGAGGAAACAGAAACAAGGGAGCCAUAGAACCGGUCACCUUUAGGGACACAUCUUCCCACCUGCAAGAGGGCCGAGAGACGGCUGUCUUUUUCUUCUGCGUCCCAAUCUCUUCUGUUUCCUUCGACUGAGCACUAAGAUUUCCUUCGAUUUGAACUGGCUGGUUCAAGGACCCACCCGAGAAGCAUACCCAGCUGGUGUUGGCGCACAGGUGCACCAAACCCGACUCGGCAGUGCCUUACCUAAACCGCAGUCUCCUGCAGUGAGGGUCAAGUCCGUGGCCCCUGCAAAGGGCUGCAUGACAGGAAGCCCUUGAUACCCAUAAGAAAAGAGGCUUCUGCUGUACAGGAAACAAACAAUAAAUGAUUACUAGCAGGUUUUUUUUUUUUUUACUACAUAUCCGUAGUUUUUUUUCUGGCAUUUGAAAGGCAUCCUGAGCUUUUGAAUCUUUCCCCAAUGGAGGUGGCUUUGUGUCCUCCCCCCCUGCCCCCCCCCCCCCAGGGAACGGGGAGGGGCAGGGGCCACGGGAGGCAGUUGGCAGUCUGACAGUAUCACCAACCUACUAUCUGCAGGGGACCAGUAUCCUCAGCAGCUGAUACAUCUUGCCCCUCUUCACCAGCCUCAUUUUCCAUGUUUGACCCCACGUGACAAUCCCACUGAUGGGAACAGGCAGGUCUGGUGUUAAUCUCUGCCUCACUCGACAGCUUUCACGUAGACAAAUUAAUCUGCUUUGCUUAUGACACACCAUUUCACAGUGAAAUGCUGCAGCAUCGUAUAAUCUUGCCCUUUCUCAUAUUUUCAGUCAAAAGUGUUCCUACUCUGUUAUCAUUUACCGUUGUCACAGUAAAAGCAAAAUGCUGAUA